UAUACAAAACUAGAACCGUACAUAUUACCGCAGAUAUUCAUGGAUUAAUUCUAACCGACAAGAAUAAUUCUGAAUACUUUGUUGUUGGCUGCACAACAUUGCACAUAGUACAAACAUAUUGUACAUGAAGAUUUAAGUAGGAAUUAGACGUCAAUCUUUGCUGGAUAUCUUAUCUUAUCAGGAAACCUGCAAUACCGAUUGCCGCUUCAUUAAGUUGUCCUGCUGCAGAACGGAAAAUCACAUCUAGGAAUCAAACAAACUGCAGCUGUGUAAAAAUUGGUUUACAACUUCACCGUGUACCUUUCAAUCGGCAGUAUCAUUCAAGAUCCGAAGAUGGAGUGUGUACGAUAUGAUACACGUGGACCACCGAGUGUUCUUUCCCUAAAUUCCGUGCCGAUUCCCAAAGCCGAUAAACCUGGCCAAGUGUUAAUAAAAGUGCAUUACGCCGGGGUCAAUCCAGUGGACACGCAUUUACGCGGGACGCACCAUCCUCGCCUGACCGUCGAUCUGCCGGCCACUCCUGGCAAGGAUGCAGCCGGCACAGUGGAGAACGUUGGACCGGAGGUUACCCAGUUUAAGGUUGGCGACCGCGUUUUCGUCAGUAAUCACUCAUUCCGUUCCGGUGGAACCUACGCACCGUACCAUUUAGCCCAUGAAGACGAGGUGCACCAUCUUCCUGAAUCCUACACUUUACAGGAAGGUGCAUCGCUGGGAUCGCCAUAUUUUACGGCAAUUCGGGCGCUUUUUAUCGCUGCGAAAGCUAAGAAAGGUGAAUCACUUUUGAUACACGGAGCCAGCGGAGCGGUUGGUACAGCGUGCGUACAGCUGGGAAUUGCACACGGCUUGAAAGUUUACGGAACCGCAGGAACAGAAGGAGGAAUCCAGCGCCUAAAGACCGCCGGAGUAGCCGGUGUUUAUAAUCACAGAGCAACUGGAUACAUCGAAAACAUUAAGCAAGAAUUCGGUGUUAGAGGCGUCAACAUUAUCAUAGAAAUGGCAGCCGGACAUAAUUUGCAGAAAGAUAUCGAAUUGCUCAGCCGGAAAGGUCGCAUUGUCAUUGUCGGAGGAACGGGCAGCGUCAGUAUCACACCAGCGCUGAUUUUGGCUAAAGAAGCCAUCGUUACCGGUGUCAAACUGGCGGACUCCACCAAAGAAGAAUGGAGUGAAAUGUCCAAAGUGUUGACAGAUGGGCUCAAAGCGGGAUACCUGCGACCUACUUUACACAAGGAAUACCCUCUUCGCGAAGCUGAGAAGGCUCAUCAUGAUCUGGAAAAUACGGAUGGAUCACAAGGAAAACUCUUGUUAAAAGUUAUCUAAAAAUAAAAUUAUGAGUUGCAGACGUUUUUGCAUCUUAUUCUUGCUGCUACUGAACAUUAAUAUGAAAAACAUUUCUGCUCGUGCUUUUGACUGACUUAAUUAAUUUGUUCGUUCGUUUCGUGCAGUACUUGUACACAUGUGACAUGAUCAUUCCUUCCAAAAGAACUAACUAACUAAUAAUGGAAUCAAAGGAUGCGACAGAAAGAAUAUCAAUAAUAAAUUUCCGAG